AAAGACCCACGUUCGGCCAAAUCGAGAAUAAUGCAAAGCUCUAUACCAGUGGAAGCCCGCCGCUCUCCCGGUUAUAUAACUGCCUACACUGAUCUUGCUUACACAGUAAAUAGGACACACGUCCCUGGAUGUGUUAGGCGCAUUUCGCUCCUUUACUCGUCACAUCAACAUGGAGAUCUUGGGGCUGGUGGACGUCCCGUUGUAUGUCCUUCUGGCCGUGACGGCGGUUGUGCUCACCUAUAUAUUUGGAACAUGGAACCACAAUUACUUCAAGAAGCGGGGUAUUCCAGGGCCAGCACCAUACCCUUUUGUUGGGAACAGCACUGACGCUGGUUUCAUGCAUGAUUUAUACGCCUGGAGCCAGCAAUAUGGAAGUAUAUAUGGGAUCUUCGUGGGAAGAAAACCCGCCUUGGUUAUCACCGACCUUGAAAUUCUGAAAGAGGUUCUCGUCAAGCAUUUUGACAAUUUUAGAAACCGGAUGAACAUUCCAUUGCCCUACCCGUUAAGUUUAGCGUUGUUCGUAUUGGAGGAUGAUGCCUGGAAGAGAGUGAGAAAUACCAUGACCCCCACCUUCACUGGCGUCAAACUGAGGCGGAUGUGCGUAGCCAUCAGCGAUUGUUCAAGGACCCUUACCAGGAACUUCUCUAAAGUCAUGGGGAAAAACGAUGGUGUGAAUAUGAAAGCAUACUUUGGAGCUUACUCAAUGGACGUGAUUGCACAAACUGCUUUUGGAAUUAAGGUCGAUUCUCAAAAUGAUUUCAACAACCCCUUUGUCGGUCACGCUAAGAUGCUGUUCCAACCAACAAAACUGAGACUAGCAUGCGCAGCAAUUACAAAUGCCGUUCCAGUUCUUGAACAAGUCUUCGUGAAUCUUGACUUGGGAAUCUUUCCACGAAAAGUUAUUACCUUCUUCGAAACAAUCACCGCAGAUAUGAUGAACCAGCGGCGGCAUGACAAAACACACCAGCAAGAGCCAAGAACAGACUUCCUGCAACUCAUGAUGGACGCUUCGGUAGAGGAGGGGGGCGGAAACAACAACGCUAAUGGACAAACAGUCAAACAUUCAGUCAGACAUCUAUCGACGGAAGAAAUAGUGGCUCAGUGCAUACUGUUCUUCAAUGCUGGUUACGAAACAACCGGCACUACCCUUACCUUCAUAGCCUACAACCUGGCCAGGUACCCGGAUGUACAGGAGAAGGCGUACAAUGAAAUCAAAGAAAUAUUGGGAAAUGAGGAACCAAACUACGACAACAUUGGGAAACUGAAGUAUCUGGACAACAUCAUCACUGAGACACUCAGACUCUACCCACCUGCUAUUGCGCUUAACCGAGUUGUUUCCGAGACCAUUCAGAUCAAGGGUCUGACACUUUCUAAGGGUCAAACUAUCUUUAUUCCUGUGAUGGCUAUACACAGAAACCCUCAGCUCUACAAUGAUCCUGAUUCAUUCAAGCCAGAAAGGUAUGAAGAACAAGCCAAAACUAUUUCCUUCCAAGCAUUCGGAUUUGGCCCCAGGAUCUGUAUUGGGAUGCGGCUGGCGCUGGUUGAGGUUAAAGUAGCCUUGGUUAAUGUGCUAAGGAAUGUGAAGUUUGAACGCAUGCCCGGCACACCGGAUGUGUUGACGUUUACUCGGAAUCCAAACAUUCUUCAAGCCAAACAGGACAUCACGUUGAAAUUGUCUCCAAGAUGUUGAAGGCCGCGGACAAGUACCGACAGUUCACAGAAUGUGUUGAAAUAUAUUUACAUGUUAUUUACAUAUUAAUACCAACAAAAACAUUGAGAAGCAAUGCCAUAAUAUAUAUGACACAGUUUUGUGCGAAGCGGUUUCUUGGUGAGAUGACAGAUAGUAUAGCAAUGCUAAAAUAUAGCUGUGAAAAGUAUUUCAGAAAUAUUACCACGUUUCAACAUGUUAUGGCCAAAAUCUCGAAGUGAUGCAGCCCUCAGAUGUGAAUUGCGGUACCUAAGGCAUCUUCCCGAGGCAGGUGAGUUAACUGACUUUGAAAGUCCAGUUUCCACCCUUGCCUAACUAGGCUGCAAUUAUGGAGUUAUAUUUUGGCUGGACUAACGAGUCUAUGCAUAGUCCAAUCAAAAUCGCCUAAUGAAAUUGACAUCCGGUUCGUCAACUGCCGUGCAGAUUUCGGUCGAUUGUAGUAUUUGCAAAGCCUGUGUACCUCCAAUACGGUGUCAACAGAUAUUUUCCAAAUGUUUUCAUGUAUCAAAUCAAGGUGCUUACGUGAUUGGAUGCACUUCGCGAAAGGAAAUAAGACCCUUUAUAAAUAAAACCCUCGAUAUUGAUUAUCGAUCAGAUCGUCUCGACUGGGCCCCGCCAUUUUGUUACAAGCAAGUGGAAUCUGAUUGGUCAAUAGGAUGGACAUAGAAAGGACAUAACCCGUAAUAGUCAUUGGUAGCGCUUCGAUCGAACCCAGAAUUUCCAGCCUUGUUCGGCAAGGACUUUUACAGUUAAUUAACUCCCUUGCCUCGGGAAGAUGGGCCUAAGGCAACUCGGCAACCCGUGACCCCAUAAUUGGUCAACGCGUGCUUUAAGUGUACACAUGUCAGAUCCUUUUCUGGUUCCAAGAAUAUUUUUUUUAUAUCUCGUAAAAACUUGUGAAUAGAUUUUGAUAACAGGUAGAGUAAUAUUGUGCAAAACCGUAAAGAAUAUAUUACGUUUUUCACCAAUCAAGUAUCAAUAUAGUUGUCAAUAUUCGUUAUGUAAUAUAUAUAAACUGUUAUUCAUACAAAAUUGCUUCUAAUCAGUCUAAUUUUCUUUGUUCGCGUGCUUUUAGUGCUUUUCAAAUGCUAUGUAUAUGUCUGUAUUAAAAUACGCUGAAUAAACUCAAUUAUGAACGCA